AUGGCAUCACGAUCGAUGGAGGAGCCGAAAUCCUGGCAGAUUGGUCGAAGCAAAGUCUUUCUGAAGGAGGAGGUGCAAGCAAGGCUCGAGAAGGCCAUUGGCGAGGCUGUGAAGGUCUUCGUCCUCCGCAUUCAAAAACGCUGGCGUGGAUUUCGCGCAAAGCGCCGCUAUCGUGCCAUGAAGCAAGCGGCCCUGCAGAUGCAAGCAUUGUUGCGAACUUUGAAAGCAGCAGCGGAGUUUCGAAGGAACCUUUACCAGAACAAAGCCUGCGUUACUCUUCAAGCCUCUCUGAGAAUGCUGUCACAACGUCUGCAGUUCAUCAAGGAGCGAUCAGGCGCCAUCAAGGUGCAGACUAUUUGCAGAGGGUGGCUUUGUCGGAGGAAAAUUGGGAAGCUAAAAGGAAAGCUGGCCGCUGAGCGAAUCCAAAAAUUGCGAGAGGAAGAAGAGAGGAAGAAGGCCCUUGAUGAGGCAAGAAAAUCAGGGCAGGAAAGAGAGAAAGCCCUGGCUGAUAUGCAGAAGCAAAUGGCUGCAGAGCGAGAGAAGAUGGAAUCUGAAGCUGCCCAGAGAGAGGAGGAGCAAAAGCUUCAACGGCGACAGCAUGAAGAGUCGAUUAGGUCCAAAGAGCAGACAGCAAGUCAAGAAGACAAGCUGCGGCAAGACCUGUUACAACUUCGCAAGGAGAAUGCUCGUUUGCAAGGGGAGCUUGAGAGUAGACCCUUAGGGGUUCAGGCAGAUCCAAGCCUGGCCAGUGAUCUUGAGGCAGUGCGACAAGAGCUCCAAGAGGUCCGGAGAGAGAAGGUCCGGCUGGAAGUGGAGCUUGCUACGAGCAAAACAGCUGAAGAAUAUGCAACGAUUGCCGAAGAAGCAACACGACUCAGAGAAGAGUGCUCCAAAUUGAAGGGUUCAAAACUGUCGAUGGAAAUGCAGCUGGAACAACGAGCAGCUCAAUUGGCAUCUGCGGAAGAGAGGAACCACAAAUUGGAGGCAGAUUGCUUAGAGGUACAAGUCCUAAAAUCCGCCAACGACGACCUGCAGAUCCAGCUGCAACGCUUAGAAGCUCAGAAGCAGUCACUUGAGCAGCGAGCUCAAGCAGAGGUAGGUCUUCGCAACGAAUUGCGUGAUUUGAAAUUGGAAAAGAUCCACUUGGAAGGCGAGUUGGAUACUGCGAAGUUGCGGGAAGAGGCCGUGACAGCCAAACUCAAAGGUUCAGAUAAAUCCAGUGCCGAACUGCAACAACUGCGAGCUCGAGCUGCAGCUGCUGAGGCGGAGCUGGAGCAAAGUCAAAGACAACUAAAAUUGUUACAAGAGGAGCUUGAUCAACAAAGAGGGGACAUAGGAUCUGAACGUGCCAACUCCCUGGAUCAGCUCAGAUCUGAGCUGCUAUCUCGCAUUGAAUCCCGUGCUGCACCUCCCGCAGCCAGCAACAGGCCAUCAAUCAUGCUCAAUGAGGAUGGCCGCAAAAGCCUUCUGAAUCAAAGAGAGCUCUUUGAGAAGCUAAAGCAACAAUUUGAUGAAGCAACGGCCACUGACAAAGAUGUAGAGCCCGAUAUAUUUUUUGGAAACUCUGAUCGAGAGUUGGAACUGGAGGAAGAACUUCGACGAGUUCGUAAAGAGCACGUUGAACUUAACAUCAAGCUGACCAGUGUGCAGGAUGAAUUUGAGGAAAAGUGUCAAGAAGCAAAGCAUCUUCUGGCAAGUUCUAGUGGGCUGAAAGCUGAAGUGGAAGAUUUGAAGCUACAGCUGCAGCAGGAGUCUGCCUUGUCAAAGAAGCAGUCCGCAAAGAUGAACGAACUCCAGGCGUCGCUGCUUAAUGCGGAGACUGACUUGCCGUCACUUCGGAAACGAGUUAGCACAGCAGAAGAGCAAUUGGUCCAGGCCCAGGAAGAGGUCAUCACUGCUCAACAACGAUGCAUGAGAGCGGAGGAAGACAAAGAACUUCUGCAGCGUCAGCUACAGCAAAUUGAGGCAACAGCCUCGGCCUCUGCCCAACGAGAGCGUGAUGCUCUGGACCAACUUCGAGGAUACAAGGACCAACUGGAGGCAGCGCAUCAGGCAUCGGAAGCAGCUGAAAGAAGCAAGACACAAAGUGAGUCUUCGCACCGAUGGCUGCAGUCUGAAUGCGAUCGAUUGAGGGCAGAGCUUUCAGAUGCCAAUUCUGAACGCUCAAAGAUGCGCCAGAUCGUUGAUGAAGUCUUGAAAGCGCAGCAAGACUCAGAGGUUGAUAAAUGGAAGAGAAAGGCGCAAACUCUUGAAAAGGAAUUCCAGCAGGCCAAACAGCUCAACGCAGAGAUGACUCAGGCCAUGGGCCUCAUGACUCAAGCAGUUAGUGGACGUGGAGAUGCAUCUGGUCACAUGAAGGUCCUCCAAAAGCAACUGGACCUCAAAAAUCAGGAGCUAAAAACAGCAAAGCGAGAAAGGGAUGAAGCGCAGAAGACUUUGGACGAGAAGAACUCUGCAGGUGACUAUUUCAAAGAUCGCUUCCGAGCAGCGCAAGAAGACAUCCGCAAAUUGAACCAGGCUCAAAGAUCGUCGCGUGUCUUGCUCAGGAAGAAGCGGCUGGAAAGUGCGAACCAAGACGAUAUGAAGGCACCACUGGACGUCACGUUGGACGGUGAAAAGCUGUACGGUGCUCCGCUUGAGGAGCAAGAGCGGCUGGGCCUUGAACUGAGACAAAAGGAACUGGAGCUGAAGAAAGCCCGUGAGGACUUGGACCGCUCCAAGGCCUUUUCAGAAAGAACCCAGCUUGUCAAUGACUGCCUGAAUUCGCUACUGGUCUUGGAGUCUGAGCAAAAUUCGCUCUAUGAGAAGAUGUGUGCCAUGAACGGCGUCAAAGACAAUGACAUUGACGGCCAGCUUGCAGAAAAGAAGGCCAAGGCCAAAUCUAUUGUUGGCAAGUUGUCUCAAAUCGUUCCCAGCUCCUGACCUCUCGGACUUACAAGCACCACAUGGUGCCACAUGGUAUGAUGAAGACAGAGGUCAUCGGAGGUCUCGAGGAACGAUGCUAGGCCAAUGCACGACAGGAAAGCUUCUGAGGCUCACAGGAGCUCAGCACAGGUGCUGAGUUUGCACUUGGUGUGUGCUCGGCUCAUUUUCCUUACUUUCCUAGAUUCCAUUUGUUUCACCGUCUCGAUUCAAACGUGAAUUGCUAGCAGUAAAAAUUGG